GCACGAUCAAAACACUUUUACUUAUUGUCAAAGUCAAAGGUAGUUCUUCCUUUGUUAGUUUUCCCGUCGUCUUCGACUUCGAGAGCACCUACCAUCCCUUAAGCAUUCAAGAUUCAUUCUGUCACCAACCAUUCUCGAAUCCUUUCAUCUCACUCAACCUUUCCUUUUCUCCAACAGAACCCAUGAUUCAUCCAUAACCACAACCUCGUAACAACAACAACAACAACAUUAAUUAAACACCCGCAACACAAAAAAAAAACAACUGUUCUUUCCUUAACAUGGGUUCUCAUCCUUUCUCUGAAACUAAACCAUCACCAAUUCCAACACAAGAUCAAGAAGAACACGACUCACAAUCUUCACCAUCACUAGCUCUUCUCUCUUUCAACACCGAACAAAACCCUUCAUCUUCAUCUUCCUCCCACAACAAAACCCUCUUCAUCUCUCUCAUCAUCAUCACCUCCAUCUCACUCUCAGCAGCAUCAGCUUUCGCAUUUCUCUUCCUCUCUUCAUCACCAUCUUCUUCUUCUCCGCUACAAACAAGUUCAACCACUCACAACAACGCUUCUCUUUCUCGUCCUCUCACCAAACUCAAACGCCCCGUCGUACUUCUAAUCUCCUCAGACGGUUUUCGAUUCGGUUAUCAAUUCAAAACCCCUACACCUAGCAUAACUCGUUUGAUUUCAAACGGAACAGAAGCUGAAACAGGGUUAAUCCCUGUUUUUCCAUCCUUAACUUUCCCAAAUCAUUACUCUAUCGCUACUGGUCUCUACCCUGCUUAUCAUGGCAUCAUCAACAACCAUUUUAUAGAUCCAAUUUCCGGUGACCAAUUCUACAUGGGUAGCCAUGAUCCCAAAUGGUGGCUUGGUGAACCCAUAUGGGAAACUGUGGUGAACAAUGGGUUGAAAGCUUCUACAUAUUUCUGGCCUGGUUCUGAGGUAAUCAAAGGUACAUGGAACUGUCCUUCGAAAUAUUGUUUGCAUUAUAAUGGUUCUGUUUCUUUUGAAAAACGGGUUGAUUCUAUUUUGAAGUUUUUCGAUUUUCCGAGUGACGAAAUUCCUGAUUUUAUGACACUUUAUUUUGAGGAUCCUGAUCAUCAAGGUCAUAAAGUUGGAUCUGAUGAUCCUGAGAUUACUAAAGCUGUUUCCAGGAUUGAUAACAUGAUAGGUAGGUUGAUUACUGGUUUAGAACAAAGAGGAGUUUUUGAGGAUGUUAGUAUUAUUAUGGUAGGUGAUCAUGGAAUGGUUAGUACUUGUGAUAAAAAGUUGAUUUUUCUUGAUGAUUUAGUUUCUUGGAUUGAUAUACCUGAAAGUUGGGUCAUUUCGCAUACGCCGGUACUCGCGAUUCGUCCAUCUUCUGGUUUUAAUUCAUCCGAUGUUGUUGCUAAGAUGAACGAAGGGUUAAGUUCGGGGAAAGUUGUGAAUGGAGAGAAUUUGAGGAUGUAUCUUAAGGAGGAUUUGCCUAGUAGGCUUCAUUAUUCGUCGAGUGAUCGGAUUCCACCGAUAAUCGGUUUGAUUGGAGAAGGCUUUAAGGUUGAGAAGAAGAAAACGAAGCAUCAAGAGUGCGGCGGAUCGCAUGGUUAUGACAAUUCGUUUUUCUCGAUGAGGAGUAUUUUCAUUGGACAUGGUCCUCAAUUUGCAAGAGGGAGGAAGGUACCUUCGUUUGAGAAUGUUGAGAUUUAUAAUUUGGUUACUUCUAUUCUUAAGAUAAAGGGUGCUCCUAAUAAUGGAUCUACCUCAUUUGCAGAAUCUGUUCUUUUAUCUUCUGAAUAGAUAGAUAGAUAGGACUAUGUCAAUUUUUGUAGGUAGAAUUAUUUGAUUGUGAUGAGAUGAGUCAUAGUUUGAUCUAUGCGGAAGAGAUGCUCAUUAUACUUGAAUAAACCAUUUGUAGUUCAUGCCACUUGUAUAAUUUGAAAACCAGAAAUUGAGGGUAGAUUUAUGUUAUUUCUGUAAUAUGAACUCUUCAAACAAUAGAAUCUAUGGAAAAUCUUUGUGAAA